CCCGCGUCCACUGUCAAUGAAGAAGAUGUAACUGACGUCAUGGGGAAGUAAACAAAAUACUUGUCAAUACUCAGCAAGAUAAACUGGUUAUUUCAGCUCCCAAAUUAUAUUUAGUAGUUGCCACUUGGGUGGAAAGCGACCAUGACAAACGACUAUAGUCAUGCGUACUCCAUACUAGCAACAAAAAUGACAAGUAAAUAACGAAAGUAAAGCCGAUAUUGGGUCAUGCGGUAUCGUGUAUGGUCAUGGUUGGAAUCAGAACGUCCAGUAUUCUUUCUUGGAACAACCCUACUGGUAGGGCUUAUGUUGUUAUUAUAUGUUGGCGGCAUCCAAGCAAGUCUCAGUUUAGGUCCAGGUGGAGACUUCCCACGUUUCAGAGAUGUGUUCUUGUAUGCUCUGAGUCAUGAUGAUGUGCCUUCCCUGGUGGUCAGUGUGGCUCUCCUGCUGUUCUUUGGACCAUGGCAGGAGCGUCGCUGGGGAACAGUCGCCUUCCUCGCACUGUCCACCUUGACAAUGACCAUAUUGCCUUUUGUUUACACCCUGGUCCUCUUCGUCUUUAGCUUUGAGGCCAGCCUGGUCUGUGGCUAUGCUGCCAUCCAGUUGGCAUUGUUUACAGCCCAGUGUCAUCACAUGACAAGGAGGCGAUUACAGAGGUGGUUGCCUGUUUGGAUUCUGCCCUGGUUGCUCCUGUUGCUUUUUCAGAUUAUACUCCCCGGAACACCGGCCCUGCUCAACUUCUGCGCAAUAUGCAUUGGUCAUAAUUACAGUCAGACCUUCAUCGGGAUGCUCCAGGAGUUGGUGGAAGCCAAUGUCCUGAGCUUCAUCCCCGCUUCAGCAUACAUUCUUACUACAUCCAGACCCACAUUGCCAACCUACAGAACACAACAGAUGUCCAGAUCACAUUCUGCGGUUUAUGAUGAUCAGACAACAUCACCUUCUAUGAGGGACCCCUUCAUUUUGAACCACCACCAGUGGGAGGAGCCUCAGGAGCUUAUUGCCCUUUCUGAAGCAGAGGUGUUGGAGGAACAGAUGCUGAGGGCUGGAAUUAUUGCCUCCUUACAGGAUGCACCAGAGCAUGUGAACGUAAAAGUGGAAAUGACAAAAUCUUCUGUUUCGGCUCUGAGGCUACAACAGCUUGAGAAGAUGGGCUUCCCCACAGAAAAAGCUGUAGUGGCGCUUGCAGCGUCGAAACAGCUGGAUGGUGCCAUCUCCCUGCUCAUAGAUGAUCGAGUUGGCGAGCAGGCUGUAGUGGUAACAAAGGGAAGGACGGCAGCGCCACCUAAAAACCCUUAGGUAUCUUAUGGUGACAUUAUCUAACAAUCUGAAACAGGCUUGGCCUUUUUAGGACAAACUACAGACUGUUGUUUGGGUUUUUGCUGAGCUGCAACAAUUGGCUACAGGUUUUUUUCACAACUGUGUAAGAAGCCUCUCCUGGUUGCAGCAUAAUAUUGCACUGCAUUUUUCUGCAAUUGUGUUAUUUAGAAACAUUCAUUCAUUAUUUUUAAUCAGUAGAGAACCAACUGUACUUGGAACGACCCCAUUCCAUCACCAAACUCAAUAUGGUGCCCCCUCUUGAUAUGACGCCAUCUACAGAACUGGAGCCCAUUUCCCCGCAUAGACAGUGUGGAUAAAUGCAUAAAAACUAUUAUUUAAAUCUCCUAAUUGCAGGUUUUUGUGGUCCUGGUCCAUGAUUACUUGUACUUAUGAUUAAAAAGGGAACAUAAAAUGAUCGCCGAUUCCGGACUUCCCUGCUCCCAUAGACACCAUAGCUUGUGUUGUCUUCAUGCUCUUUCAGCAUUUCCUCAAGCAUCUUGAUAAAACAUCAGAAGAGGAUGCAAAAUAUAUUACUUACCAUCCACGGCUUACCUUCUUUUUUUCUUGUUUUUGAUCAAUGAAUCCGCUCUUCUUUUUUCGUUAUUCCACACGCUCUUAUUUAGUCUUUCUCCGCUCGAAAUGGCGAAAAUCAGGAGCACAUUUGGCUUGAAUCUUUUACGAUUUUUCCAACCAAACACCGACCAAAACCCUUCUUCGAAGUCCGAAUCAUUAGAAAGACCGCUGCAAAUUACACUCCUCUCGCUUGGUCCGUCCCAUUUUUGUGCCAGUCAAUUUGACAGGAGAGGUCCAUACUUUCCUAUUUUCAUCAUUUGGAAAUGUAUGCAGGCUGACCCCUUCUUUAGUUGUAUUGUUACAGCCUGCAACAAUACAUCUGCUAGACAUAUUUGAUCAUUCCUUUUCAAUUCUGCGUGAAAAUAACAUGAUUCCGGAUUAGGAUGUUACCAAAACACACACUAUACACAAGUUUAAAUUGCCUCCAGGUGAUGUAGGCAGGCUGAUGCAAGCCCGCCCACAUUUUGGAGCUGAAAGUGAGCGUUCCAAAAUGUGUUAAAACCCGUUAAAAACAAGCCUAAAGUCACUAGUUUGGGUCCAUAACUAUUAAAUUUUUAGGUCCAGAACUAUGAAAUAAGUGCCAAAGUUGUUUGCAUUAAUGGGGCCCUUUAAAGGCCUACUGAAAUGAAAUUUUCUUAUUUAAACGGGGAUAACAGGUCCAUUCUAUGUGUCAUACUUGAUCAUUUCGCGAUAUUGCCAUAUUUUUGCUGAAAGGAUUUAGUAGAGAACAUUGACGAUAAAGUUUGCAACUUUUGGUCGCUGAUAAAAAAGCCUUGCCGGAAGUAGCGUGACGUCACAGGUUGGGGAGCGCCUCACAUCUGCACAUUGUUUACAAUCAUGGCCAGCAGCAGCAAGAGCGAUUCGGACCGAGAAAGCGACGAUUACCCCAUUAAUUUGAGCGAGGAUGAAAGAUUUGUGGAUGAGGAAAGUGAGAGUGAAGGAUUAGAGGGCAGUGGAAGCGAUUCAGAUAGGGAAGAUGCUGUGAGAGGCGGGUGGGACCUGAUAUUCAGCUGGAAAUGACUAAAACAGUAAAUAAACACAAGACAUAUACAGUAUAUACUCUAUUAGCCACAACACAACCAGGCUUAUAUUUAAUAUGCCACAAAUUAAUCCGCAUAACAAACACCUCUCCCCUCCCGUCCAUAUAACCCACCAAUACAAAUCAAGCACCCGCACAACACACUCAAUCCCACAGCCCAAAGUACCGUUCACCUCCGUAAAGUUCAUACAGCACAUAUAUUUCCCCAAAGUUACGUACGUGACAUGCACAUAGCGGCACGCACGUACGGGCAAGCGAUCAAAUGUUUGGAAGCCAAAGCUGUACUCACGGUAGCGCGUCUGCUAUCCAACUCAAAGUCCUCCUGGUUGUGUUGCUGUAGCCAGCCGCUAAAACACAGAUCCCACCUACAGCUUUCUUCUUUGCUGUCUUAAUUUUUCAUUAAACAAAUUGCAAAAGAUUCACCAACACAGAUGUCCAGAAUACUGUGGAAUUUUGCGAUGAAAACAGACGACUUAAUAGCUGGCCACAAUGGUGUCCCAAUAUGUCCGCACAAUCCGUGACGUCACGCGCAAACGUCAUCAUACCGAGACGUUUUCAGCAGAAUAUUUCGCGGGAAAUUUCAAAUUGCACUUUACUAAUCUAACCCGGCCGUAUUGGCAUGUGUUGCAAUGUUAAGAUUUCAUCAUUGAUUUAUAAACUAUCAGACUGCGUGGUCGGUAGUAGUGGGUUUCAGUAGGCCUUUAAGUAGUGCCUCAUCUGUAAGAAACAUGCAUUUUUAGGAUGCAAAGUACACCUGAGUAUUUGGAUUACGCCAAUGAAAAAUCUUCCAAAUUUCCUUUGCCAAUGCCAAACUCCAUAUUUUGCCAAUGAGUCUUAUUUGGUGAAUUGGACGAUUGAAGUGUGAAAAACUAAGUCAUUUUGACAGCUUAACAAUCUAUUCAUGAAAGAAAAAGAAUCCAAAGUAGCAGGAAGAAAAAACAUGGAACAGCUUGGCACUCCCUUCCCAUGUUGGUCACACACUGCUGUGGGAUGGACUGUUUUUGUCUUCCUUUUUUAAUAUUAACAUAGCGCUUUUUCUCCAAAGUGCUUUCCAUUGAGAAAUUCAUUAUCUACAUCUAAGCUACAUUCACAGCAGUCAGGGUGGCACUUGGGGCAAGGUGGGUGAAGUGUCUUGCCCAAUAACUCAAUGGCAUGGACUAGGAUGGCGGUGGCUGGAUUGGAACCAGGAACCCCCAAGUUCCUACCAUCUGAGCCUCACCACCCCAUUAUUUAACCAGCUUUUGUCGUAAGUAUGACAACGUAGUUGGUUAUGGCGGUCGCACAUAAGUGUUUAACAAGGUUGAAGUCAGCAUUGUUGGCAGGGCAUUCCAUCUUCUGGAAAAUUCUUGCAGUAUUAUAUAAUAAAUCCUGCUCUGUGGUGGGCUAGUGUUGGCAUCAUGGAGGAUACGACACACACAUUGUUGAGAUAUGGGAUUUCCAUUGGUUGCAAAAUCUUUGCAUUUAAAUUGCUUCCAAUGAUGAACCACACGCUCAAAAUAACAUCAAAUGUUUGGCAUUGGUAGAGAAGAAUUGGCUAUUUUUUCAUAGGCACAAUCCACAUGCUCAGCUCUAAAGCUCAUCCCACAAAUGUGGCACCACUUAAAUAAGGAGGCUUCUUAAUGGUAUAACAUUUAAUGCCAAGAAGCAUUGUUACAACAAAGACAUAAUCAACCAAACAUCAAUUUCCUUACUUUUUGGGCUUAUUUUAUAAUCAGUUCCACACAAUCUACAGAACUCUUGACAGUCACUCAAUUAAUCACUUACUAUAACUCUCUAUUUCAAAGUCAAUGUCUGAGGAUUUUACGAUUGAUUGUAUUGAUAUAUGAUUGUGUCGGGAUCCAAAAUGAAGUGGCAUUUUUUAAAAAAACAACAGAGAACAUAAUUUUUAUUACAGCGAUCAUCGACACAGGAUUAUCUUAACACUAACACAUUUACAGGAAAAAUAAUCAUCAAAGUAUGAAAUGGUUACACGACAGCAUACAAAAUAAACUACCAUUGAAAAAUUUAAAUACUGACACAAUAUGUUUGAUAUAGCAUAAAAAAAGGAACACGUCUUUGUUAUCAGGACAGUACAAACAUAACAGUGGUUCCAGUUUUCCUAUUUCCUCUGAGUGUGUGUUCAUUUUUUUCCAGGAAAAAAUAAAAAUACACAGUUGAUAUGCAACAACUUGUAGUAUAUUGAAUUACUUGUUCGGUGUGCAUUUUCAUUGAACAACACAUAUCUGAAAAUAGUGAUGACUUCCUCUUUUUGAGUGCGCUACGAAACACUGAGCUGAACCAUUUAAGAGACGUAUAACAAAAAUUAAUACUGGAGGUGUUUUCGUGUCGUUGCACAUUGUACAUGCUCAAUAUACUUAAAUAAUGACAUCUUGUGGCAUUGCGGUUACACUGAAACAAAGAAUACAAGCUAAAGUCUUUCAUGUCCACAGAUUGAUUAGUCUAAAUGACCCUUUUUGCCCAGACGUGAGGCCUUAGGAGCACCACAGGUGAUUCAGACCUUCGUGGGUGAAGAAUGGGAGUGGUUAUGGUGACGGGGGGAGUCAAACUACUGGAGUUUCCCUGAGGUGUCCCCCAACCUAAAUCUGACAGUAAAGCCCCCCCGCCCAGCAGGGCCAUCGAGUGUUGAUGCGACUAAUAGAGAGGGAAGCCAACCCAGCCUGCGGUCCUCAGGGUGAUCGGAGGGCUACUUCCCUCCAACCUUGGUGUCGGAGGACAGAGGAGAAGCAAGUCGGUAUGGGAGCGCACCUGCUCGCUUAUCUCUGUAGAAACUAGGGGAGGCUGUGCCAAAUGGUCCAUCCCCAGAUCCUAGAUCAGGUUCUGUUGAAGAAAGACAGCAGUUGGAACAGGGCCUCCCUGCCCAGCACUGUGCAUGCCCACGUGCAAGCUGUCGUCUUAAUCUCACAAGGUUUUUAAGUUGAUUCAACACCGAUUGUUGUACAUUCAAGCAGCUCUACCAGAUCUCCUUGCUGCUGUGAAGUGUGCAUGUUUGGCAAGUGGGGCUACAACAAAACUCAUGUCCAGUACUAACCUAACACUUGUAUUUAAACUAGUAGUGGGCCAGUAAGGCCUUCUCUGCAGUCCUAUCAAUCAUCAAGUUUAUUUAUACAGCCAAAAUCAAAAAGGGCUUCACAAACCACAACAACAUCCUCGGAUCUGAUCCCAAAUCCAAGCAAGAAAAAACUCAACACCCCGGGUGACCAGUGCAAUGGAUGCAGAGUGGAUGCUAAACACUAUCUGAAGCUCUGACCUACAUUUUCAACUCAAAAUCUAUUUUGGUAAAUUGUAUUAAUUUAUCUUCAUUUCAUAGCUUGUCUCCUGGCCGCACUUUAUGUGUAUGUUAGAAAUGAAUUGUAUUGGUCAAAUCCGAUUUGCCGUCCCAAUGCAAUCUGAUCUGGGUAUUCAGAAUUUGGACUGCAGGCCCAUUAUACUUACAGUAUACACUAUAGGAGUGUAAAAAAAAAUAAAAAUCGAUUUUCGAAUGAACCAUGAUUCUUACUUGUAACAAUUCUUAUUUGGUUAAAAAAACAAAACGAUUUUUCAAAAAACAAACACAUUUAUUACAUAUUUUUUAUUUUUGUAUUUGUCUUUUGCAGCCACUCAGGAAAAUCAUAUUGUUAAUGUAGAUGCCCAUAUCUGCUGGACACAUUUACUUUAGAAAAGAUUUGUGUUGGAAACUUCUCUUGCCUUAUUUGACUUUAUUAAAUGUUUGGGUAGAACAAAACCAAUUUACUUUUAAGUAAUAUAUACAUUUAUCAAAGCUGUUAUCUAUUUUUUGGAGGAAUGUAGUUAAUCAUAGGACUGGCACCCAAUGUUAUUAAAAAAGUAUUGAUUUUGAAUUGAGAAUCAAUUCUGAAUCGAAUCGUUACUCAAAAGAAUCGAAUCGUGUGGCGUUCAAAGAUUCCCAGCGCUUCACUUUUUCCACAUUUUGUUUU